GUCAUCUCCGGCAAGGCCUCCAGUGCACGCCAUCCCUCGGCAUCACCCACUCCCAUCAAAGUGGAUCUUCACCAACGCUCCUCGCCUUUCAACUAAACAUACAUUCCUCUACCAGUUACGGCCGCAGCAAGAGGGAAAAAAAAACACUCUGAUAUUGAACCUUUACGAGUAUAAAAGCACAGCUUGCUUCAACAACAACAACAAAAAUUACAAUGUUGCCCGUGGAAUGAUUGACCUUGGUGAUGAGAUGGAAGCUACUAUUGUGAGACUACAGUUAGCCAUUAUUGCAAAACCAAUAACAGCUCCUCCACCAGUACCAACAACUGCAGAUGUUGAAGCAAUGUUUGCCAACCAUUAUCAGGCAUCACCCCAACCAGUAGAAAUAUCCUACUUCCCACCAGAUUUCGUUCUCCAAUUUGAUAACAAAAAAAACUAUGACAUAGUGCUCAGCUAUCAAAUCCUUACUGAUAACAAAUACACAUUUUCCUUGGCACCUUGGACUCAUGAUGCUAGAUGCCACCUAGAAGCAUGGAAAAUUCCAGUAAAUAUAGACAUUCAUGGCAUACCUCCCCAUGCAUUCCACCCUAAAAGUCUUUCAGUACUACUAGAUCCAUAUUGUGACAUUGAAGCAUAUACCAUGGACAAAAAAUCAGGUAUCUGUACUGUCAAAGGCACUGCACGAAGUGUAAGCUCUAUCCCAGUCACAGGUUUCCUCUCAUAUCCACAGCGUACUGGAUAUGAGAUAGUCAUACAUACAUUUCCUGUCACCAUGCAAACCAGCUUAUUAACUAUACCUAGAAGGUAUUCUUCUGACUGGCAUCAACCUCCACACUUUGAUAUACAACCAAUCUGCAAUAACCCCAGACCGAAGAACGGGAACAAUAAGAAGACUCUAACAUGGUCAGGCAAUGCGAUAGAGCCAUAUUUGAAGCUGAACUCGAAGAUGAAAGAAGAAUGAAUAAUCCACUCACCUUUCAUGGCUUUGCAUACUCUGAAGAAACUUCAGAUGAGGACGACCCUAACGACGCCUAUUAUUAUGCAGACUCUGAUCAUGAGCCAAAAAAUUGGUAAUCUAACGUACCAG